AUGACUCUUACUGAAGUUCGCACAUUUACUCCUCCGAGAGCUUUCGGGGACGCCAUCAGCCAGCCCGUUUCCACACCAGUUAUCACAACUUCGACAACACCGCGCUCCAUCCCCGACCUCCACAUCACACUUAGGCCCGCCAUUAGCCCAUCACUACAGGCUCGCAAGUACAGCAUGGCAUCUACUCCUGAAGAGAAGCCCAAGGGCGGCAUCACAUUUGCCCACCAGGACAAGCUCCCUAAGCUUCCUAUCCCAGAACUCGAAAGCACCUGCCAGAAAUAUCUUUCUUCCCUAAAACCACUCCAGACACACAGGGAACAUGCCGAGACAAGGCGUGCCAUUCAGGAGUUUCUUCAAACAGACGGCCCCGAGCUGCAUGAGAAGUUGAAGAAGUAUGAUGAGGGACAGACGAGCUAUAUCGAGCAGUUCUGGUAUGAUUCGUACCUUAACUACGACAACCCUGUCGUUCUCAACUUGAACCCCUUCUUUUUGCUCGAAGAUGACCCGACACCGGCUCGCAACAACCAAGUUACUAGGGCCGCCUCCUUGAUCGCGUCAGCUUUGGAGUUCGUAAGGGCAGUCCGCAGGGAGGAGCUCCCACCAGACACCGUCAGGGGCACUCCCCUAGACAUGUACCAGUACUCACGCCUCUUUGGUACCGCUCGUGUUCCCACCGACUCUGGAUGCCAGAUCCAACAAGAUGACAAGACGAAGCACAUUGUCGUCAUGUGCCAUGGCCAGUUCUACUGGUUCGAUGUUUUGGAUGACAACUCGGACGCCAUCAUGACCGAGAAGGAUAUUGCCAUCAACCUUCAGACCAUCGUCGACGACGCCCGACAAACCCCGAUCCAAGAGGCUGCUAAGAGCGCCCUCGGUGUGUUGAGCACAGAGAACCGGAAGGUUUGGUCGGGACUCCGGGACGUCCUGACGAGGGAUCCUGGUUCCAACAAUGCCGACUGUCUGAGCAUAGUCGAUAGUGCCCUCUUCAUUGUCUGCCUGGAUUACACCGAGCCAACAAGCGCUGCUGCUCUCUGCCAGAACAUGCUUUGCGGCACUAGCGAGAUCGAGAAGGGAGUCCAGAUCGGCACCUGCACCAACCGCUGGUACGACAAGCUUCAGAUCAUCGUGUGCAAGAACGGCAGCGCCGGUAUCAACUUCGAGCACACCGGUGUUGACGGCCACACCGUGCUGCGCUUCGCCAGCGACAUCUACACCGACACCAUCCUCCGCUUCGCCCGGUCCAUCAACGGCAAGGCUCCCUCGAUGUGGGCUUCGACCAGUCCCGACCCGUCCAAGCGCGACCCCGAGAGCUUCGGAGACGUGAGCACCACUCCCCACAAGCUCGAGUGGGACAUGGGCCCCGAGCUCAGCGUCGCUGUCCGCUUCGCCGAGACCCGCCUCGCCGAUCUCAUCGAGCAGAACGAGUUCCAGUGCCUCGAUUUCCACGGCUACGGCAAGAACUUCAUCACCUCCAUGGGCUUUUCCCCCGACGCCUUUGUGCAGAUGGCCUUCCAGGCCGCCUACUACGGCCUCUACGGCCGGGUCGAGUGCACCUACGAGCCCGCCAUGACCAAGAUGUUCCUCCACGGCCGCACCGAGGCCAUCCGCACCGUCUCGGACGACUCGGUCAAUUUCGUCCAGACCUUCUGGGCCGACGCCCCCGGCGACCAAAAGAUCGAAGCCCUUCACAAGGCCUGUCAGGCCCACGUCAACAAGACCCGCGACUGCGCGAAAGCUCAGGGCUGCGAUAGGCACUUGUACGCCAUGCUCUGUCUCUGGCAGCGCAUGCAGGACGAUGACGCGGCCAGCACCACUUCCGGUAGCAGCAUGAACGGCUACUCCUUCGAAGACGGCGCCUCCACCUCCGUCAUCGGCUCGCCCUCCAAGGACUCCCUCUUCUCCCAGUCCAUGGACUCUCACAACUCAGGCGGUGGUUCCGGUGCCGGUGGCGGUGGCCGCGAACGCAACGGCUCGAUCAACUCCGGUAUCUCUGCCACCGCUUCCCAGCGCGGCGGCGCAUCCCAUCAGCUCCCCGCCAUCUUCGGCGACGCCGGCUGGGACAAGCUCAACACCACCAUCCUGUCCACCUCCAAUUGCGGCAACCCGUCCCUGCGCCACUUUGGUUUCGGCCCCGUCUCCGGCGAGGGUUUUGGUAUCGGCUACAUCAUCAAGGACGAGUGCAUCUCCAUCUGCGUGUCCUCUCGCCAUCGUCAGACCCGCCGUUUCGUCGACACUUUGGAGUCCUACCUCCUCGAGAUCCGCCGCAUCCUCCGCAUUGCCGCCCGCAACGCCGCCACCGCCAAUGGUGGUAACGCCGCCUGCCCAGCGGCGAACAAGGGCAUGAGCAGGGCGAGGGAGAUCGAUGCCGCUUCCGCGACUAACGGCCAGGAAGGAAAGCCGGUUCGGCCCAAGAUCGGGAGCAGGAUCAAGUCCCGCGGGAGACUGAUUACCGGUCAAAGCAGUGGCCUCGGCCAGGGUCCCACAAGUACCUAUAACGGAGGAAGUAGUGUGGGAAAUAUCAAGGGCACGGGAGGCGGGAGUGUUAGUAGUGCGAUGGAGGAGAGCGUGGUGAUGAGUGAGGAUGACGAGAUUGGUGGUUAUGGUUUUUUCGACGCCGGCAUGCUCCAGCAAGCGCUCAAGGCGCGCCAGCAUGGUCACCACUACCAUCAUUCGCACAACAACGAGAGCAGCAGUGAUGAUCGGAGUAACCAAAGCAGACAGAGGAGAAGUAGGAGGGAUGUGGGCAAGAAGUUGCCUUUGAUUGAUUACUAG